UAUUUUCAAAAAAUUUUGCAAGUAGGCCAUGAGAAAUUCAAAAACUUCAUAAUUCGAGCUAUGUAUCAUUUUUGAUACAUAUGGCAAUUCAAACGUUUUUUUGCUGCGGUGCACGUCAUUCGCUACGCGAUUUUUGGUAUUUGUGGUGUGUUUUUAUUUCUUGGGGUGCUUUUUUGAAGAUUCAUUUAUUUUGUCACAUAAUUGUGUGUAUUCAAAACAAUGUCGCGUCCACGGUUUUUGACCUUUGAGGAACUAGUGAAUGAAGUACUGGAUGAGAGUGAAGAGGAUGAAGAUGUUUCCGAUCCUGAAACUGAAAUUGAAAGCAGUUCGUCUGAAAGCUGCUUACCUGAACCGGAUGACAUUAUUGGCAGUACUUCAGAAGCUGAUCCAAUGUAUAUAGCAAAAGAUGGUACUACUUGGCGUAGCGAGCCUUACGCCACUGGUCGAUUGGGGAGAGAAAAUAUCAUAAAUUUACGCCCAGGUGUAACAAGAUUUGCAUCCAGCCGGGUGAACAAUAUUCGGGAUUCAUUCCUACUACUUUUUCCGCCGUCACUAUCAAAAAUUGUAAUUGAUAACUCAAACAACUACGGAAAGUAUAUACAUGGGUCUAACCAUAUCGAAAUUUACGAGGAUUUAUUUCAUGCCUACUUGGCCGUAUUAUUGCUGGCCGGUGUAUAUAAAUCCAAAAAUGAAACUUUGCAUGAUUUGUUUGAUGAAUAUUGUGGACGGCCAAUAUUUCGGUCAAUUAUGUCUGAGAAAACAUUUUUAUAUAUCCACAAAGUCAUUCGUUUUGAUGAUGUGCUCACCCGACGAGGCCAAAGAAAUGAUGACAAAUUCGCACCAAUUAGAAACCUUUGGGGAAAAUGGUCUGAACGGCUUCCCACAUUCUACAAUCCUACUGAUUCUGUUACUGUGGAUGAGCAAUUAUUGGGAUUUCAUGGUCGUUGUAAAUUUCGCCAGUACAUUCCAUCGAAGCCAGAGAGAUAUGGUUUAAAAUUUUGGCUACUUGUUGAUUCACGCACAUGCUAUGUAUGGAAAAUACAGCCCUACUUGGGAAAAGGUGUGACAGGAAAUCCUGAGAGGAAUCAAGGAGAACGGGUUGUUCUUGAUUUAGUUGAUGGACUAAAAGGGCAUAACGUCACCAUGGACAAUUUUUUUUUCAUCUCACAGCCUUGGCCAAAAACUAUUACAAAAGAAUAUGACAAUGGUUGGAACUAUGCGCAAAAAUAAAAGAUCUAUUCCCCCAAAGCUACUGAAUUGCAAAAAAAUUCCACGAUAUGAAUCAACUUUUGCCUUUACUCCUGAUACCAGUCUCGUUUCGUACAUCAGUCAUAAAAACAAGUGUACACUUGUCAUGAGUACAAUGCAUCACGCACCUAAUAUUGGGGAUGACUCUAAAAAGUUGCCCGAAAUAAUCUCUUUUUAUAACUCAACGAAGGGAGGCGUGGACACGGUUGACAAAAUGCUAAGUUGCUACAGUUGUAAACGUAAAAAUAAUCGUUGGACUAUGGCGGUAUUUUCCAACAUUAUUGAUAUUUCCGCUUUGAAUUCUUUUAUUUUAUACAACGAAAUCGACCCCAAUUAGAAGCAAACUCAAAAGCACACAAAACGUAAAUGUUUCCUGCAUGAGUUGGCAAUUUCGUUGGCAAAGUCUUAUAUGGAAAAACGUAAACAAGGCCCAAGAAAUGAACUAUCUCUGGCGCUGCUUUCGAAACUCUCAAGUAAGAAUAUCCCCGUUAUUAAUGAUAAUGAUGCUGGCCCAUAAAAAAAAACAAAAAACUGAUAAGUCUGCGAAAAAAAACCGCGCAAGGUGUCAAAAAUGCUUUCAUUCUGGAGAAAACAAAAAUAAGUGGACUUCGUCAUUCUGUUUUUCAUGUAAAAAGCCGUGCUGUAAUGACAAACAUGCCAAAAAUGUUUGCAUAGAUUGCAUAAAUAACACCUAAACAUGUAAACUCUUAAAAAAUACUUG